AUGAGCGGCUUGGAUAUCGCGCUCGCCUUGCCCGGUGUCAUUGAUCUAUGUUUGAAAUACGGCAGGGUCAUUGUGACCGCAGUUGCUGUUGAAACGGCUUGGGCGAAAACCGCGGAGCAACUGGCAUUCUUAAGUCGAGUUUGGGAAAGACUGGACGAGGAUUAUCGGGCGCUGCAGGGUCGCAUACUUCGGAAUUUUGAGAAGAAGCUCAAGGACGCCGUCAUACGGCUCAGCGAAUUGGAUAACCUGGCCAGUAAGAGUGGUAGUCCAAAGGCAGUGAAAUAUGCUCUAUUGAAGAAGAAAUCGCUCGACAGGGCAAUCCAGGAUCUUCAAACAUCGCAAAAAGAGUUUGAUAUGACAUGGUAUUUAGUUUUGCUGAUUGCCGAUCGUUUCGUUGAUGAUGCUUUGGUUCGACGCGAAGGGACCGAGAAGCUAUCUAUUGCUAGGCAUGUGCGAGAUGCAUUGAAGCCUGAGUCAAGCCAAAAGAUCUCGAUUUUUCUUCCAGAGGGCAAACUUCGCUCUGCCACCCGUGUCGACAUUCCGUAUUCCACAUCACAGACACUUGUGAUUCCGGGCAUUGCCGGCACCGCUAUACUAGAUUCUGCGGAUUGUUCAUCUCGAAGUGAUGCCUCCAUCUUUGCCAAAAACGUUCGACAUCUAGCCACGAGGCUUCGUCAGGUCGAUGCAAAUGGAUUCCAUCUCCUCAAGUGCUUCGGUGUGGUCCGCGUAACGGACCCUUGUACCGAAAGGCUUCUCUCAUACGACUUCAUCUUCAAUUUCCCCGAAAGAUGUUCCCAGCCUCGGAGUCUUCGGAGCCACCUGCUCUCUCGUUCAAUCCAAUCCCUUGGUGAUAGAGUCAGACUCGCGAAGGAGCUUGCCAUAUCCAUAAACUAUAUACACGUUCUCGAUUUCGUCCACAAAAACAUUCGCCCGGAGACUGUCUUGAUCUUUGAAAGCGGCGGAUCCGAGCUGGGCCCAUUAUAUCUUCUAGGGUUCAGGGCGUUCCGCUUGGCUGACAACAAAACACAACGAUUGGGCAACUCUGUCUGGUCUGAAGAUCUCUACCAGCACCCUGAUCGACAAGGAAGCAAACCCGGCGCAGACUAUGUUAUGCAACAUGAUAUCUUCAGCCUUGGGGUAUGUCUGCUGGAACUGGGACUAUGGGAGUCUCUCGUGGAUAGCAAGGGACAAGAAGGUUCCUUGUUGGCCAGUAGUGGACCUUUAGUCGGCUCGCUUAAGGGCCACUAUACGAGGUUAGCCAACGAAAGGCUACCGAGUAGAAUGGGUGAAAAGUAUACAGCGGUGGUUGUGAACUGCUUAUCUUGUUUGGAUAGCACCAAUGAAGACUUUGGUGAUGAAAGGGAGUUUAAGGACGACGACGGUAUUCUCAUCGGGGUGAAAUAUAUUGAAAAGAUUCUGCUUCUGCUUAGCGAAAUUACCGUCUGA